AACGGCACAUUUCUGGAAUCUUCCACGUCAUCAUCCUCGUCUUUAAUCACCGCCUUCAUAGAAACGGGUAGAAGAAGAAGACGACGACUUCUCAAGAACUUUCGUUCAUCCUUUUCUCUCUCCACAAAACCCCAUCAAAUUCCCACUCUUUCGCUAUCAUAAAAAAGGAAACCUAAAAAACUAGGAAACUCCAAACCCCAUUUUCUGUCUCUCCUCUGAAACAAGCAAGAAAUCGUCAUUCAUUCAUCAUGUGGCAACAAGCGAGCAGGAAAUAUGAUAUUGAAGGAGGAUCACAACAAUUGUACCCUGUGAUGCUCGAGAACCCAGAACUUCGAUGGAGUUUUAUCAGAAAAGUUUACUCAAUCAUCGCAAUACAGUUGCUGGCUACCAUUGCUGUUGGUGCUGUUGUUGUUUCGUAUGAACCUAUUGCCCUUUUCUUUACUUCUAGUAGUGGUGGUCUCGCUUGCUAUAUCAUCCUCAUCAUCACUCCUUUUAUUGUGCUAUGUCCUUUGUAUUACUAUCAUCAAAGUCAUCCAUUGAAUUACAUACUGCUUGGAAUCUUCACUAUCACACUUGCCUUCUCUGUUGGGUUGACAUGUGCAUUCACUAGUGGGAAAGUCAUUUUGGAGUCCGUGAUUCUGACAACUGCAGUGGUUCUAAGUCUCACUGCCUACACUUUCUGGGCAGCAAAGAGAGGCCAUGACUUCAACUUCCUUGGCCCUUUCUUGUUCGGAGCUUUGAUUGUACUAAUCAUCUUUUCCAUGAUUCAGAUAUUCUUUCCAUUGGGCAAAAUUGGUGUAAUGAUCUAUGGUUGUGUGGCAUCGAUCAUAUUCUGUGGCUACAUCGUUUAUGACACGGAUAACCUCAUCAAACGAUACACCUACGACGAGUACAUAUGGGCUGCUAUUGCGUUGUAUCUCGACAUUAUCAACCUCUUCCUUUCUCUGCUAACUGUUUUCAGAGCUGCUGACAGUUAGGUGGACUUUUGCCAUUGUAUUUGUGUUUGUAAACCAUGUUAAGAAAAUGUUAACCAGUUUGUAAGUACAUAUUACUUCAAUUUUAGCAGGAGAAAUUUUUAUACUAUGGGAAAAAAAAAAAUUGUACACGGAUUUCUUUUCCGAAUUUUACUGGUUGCCUGGGUUGAAUGAGAUGCAACAUAUAGUUGUGAACAAGCUCCUUUGUAGCCAUUUUGUGUAUUAUGUUACCUACUUAAAAACUAAGGAAAGUUAUUAGAAGAAACAAAUAAAGUUGAAGCUGUUCUUGCUA